CUUGCACACACGGCUGCUUCAAGCUGCUGUCCGACGGGAAAAGACGGAACACAAGUUCAAAUGGAGCCCAAACAGAAGUUGAUAAACUCAGCGGACAGCUGUGUGGACGAGGCUCUCUGCGGCCUCGUGAGGGCCAGUGGGGGCCUUUCUCUGCUGAAGGGCCACAGAGUGGUGCUUCGGUCCGACCUGGACAACCUGAGGGGCAAAGUGGCCCUGCUGUCAGGAGGAGGGUCGGGACAUGAGCCGGCACACGGGGGUUAUCUCGGGGCAGGUAUGCUGUCGGCAGCUGUAGCAGGUGGAGUAUUUGCCUCUCCACCUCCUGCCAGCAUCCUGGCUGCCAUUCUGUGCUUGCACAACGCAGGAGCCUCCGGAGUCCUUCUCAUUGUCAAGAACUACACCGGUGACCGCCUCAACUUUGGCUUAGCCGCAGAGCACGCUCGUAACCACGGCGUCGCUGUUGACAUGGUGAUAGUUGCUGAGGACUGCGCCUUUGACCAACCCAGUAAGGCCGGGAGGAGGGGCUUGUGCGGCACCAUCUUCAUACACAAGCUGGCAGGUGCCUUAGCAGAAGAAGGCUGCUCAUUGGACCAGAUCGUUUCCAAGGUGACAGAGGUUUUGAAGGGGAUCGGUACGCUGGGGGUGAGUCUGUCUCCGUGCAGCGUUCCAGGCUGCCUGCCGUCUUUCGACCUGCCGCCAGGAGACAUGGAGCUGGGACUGGGAAUCCACGGUGAACCUGGUAUCAAAAGGUCAAAGGUGGCGUCUGCAGAUGAGGUGGUGAAGACCAUGAUCGAUCACAUGACCAACCCUAACAGCCAGUCACAUCUGCCUCUUAAGUCAGGAGACAGCGUGGUUGUGUGCGUGAACAACCUCGGAGCUCUGUCUUGUCUGGAAAUGGCUGUGGUCACUAGAGCAGCCAUCACCUGUCUGGAGAGUCGUGGUGUAGUGGUUGCCAGGGUGAUGUCGGGGUCCUUCAUGACAUCACUGGAGAUGGCGGGAGUGUCGCUGACCCUGAUGAAGGCUGACCCGGAAACACUGAGACUGUUUGAUGCUAAAACCAGCGCCCCCGCCUGGCCAAACCUCAGCAGUGUGCGUGUUAGCGGACGCAGCUACAUGACAGACCCUCCAGCUGUGAGCACACGGCCACAGGACGACAGUCACACCGAAGGGCCACUGAGUGCUGUGAUGCGUAAAGCGUUAGAGAGGAUUUGCGCCACACUGUUGGAAAAGCAGGAAGAGCUCAACGCCCUGGACCGAGCUGCAGGCGACGGCGACUGUGGGAACACUCAUGCACAGGCUGCUAAAGCCAUUCAGGAGUGGCUCAAGGAUCACGUGGUCCCUGGUUGCCCCGGGCAACUGUUAUCAGUCCUCGCUGGAUUGGUGCAGGAGAAGAUGGGCGGCUCCUCAGGAGCGCUGUACAGUCUGUUCCUGACGGCAGCUGCUGGUCAUGUGACUGAGGGGCGGAGCAACGCUGCAGCCUGGGCUAGAGCAAUGCAUGCUGGGACACAGGCGAUGAGGAGAUACGGUGGUGCUGACCCUGGAGACAGAACAAUGCUGGAUGCUUUGUGUCCAGCUGUGGAUGAGCUGAUGACGCUAACAGCAGCACCACCCGGUGGACAGAUGGCUGUACUACAGGCUGCUGUGCAGAAAGCGGCUUUGGGUGCAGAGUCGACCCGUAACCUCACAGCGAAGGCAGGGCGAGCCAGCUACAUCGCAGCAGAGCGGGUCAACCUGCCUGACCCGGGUGCCGUCGCUGUUGCCGCCAUCCUUAAAGCCGUGCUGGAGUCGCUGGAAGGGCAGAAGUAAUUCAGCAAAAAGUGUCAGGGCAGAUUAUUAUUACUGUCACCAGACUAAUGGUAUUAGAACACUGGUAUGUCUCAAUAACAAUGAAAAACUGUGAUUUUGA